UCUUCCGCCGCCGGUUCCGGGCGCGGCCACGCGGGAGCGAUGCGGCCGCUGACCGAGGCCGAGACCCGGGCGGUGUUCGAGAAGCUGGGGCGCUACAUCGGCGAGAACAUCCAGCUGCUGGUGGACCGGCCCGAUGGCACCUACUGCUUCCGCCUGCACCGCGACCGCGUCUACUACCUGAGUGAGAAGCUGCUGAAGGUGGCCGCCAGCGUGCCCCGGGACAGCCUGGUGUCGCUGGGCACCUGCUUCGGCAAGUUCACCAAGACACAGAAGUUCCGGCUCAGCAUCAUGGCCCUGGACUUCCUGGCACCCUACGCCAAGUUCAAGGUGUGGGUGAAGCCGGGCUCGGAGCAGUCCUUCCUCUAUGGCAACCACGUGCUGAAGUCGGGCCUGGGCCGCAUCACGGAGAACACGGCGCAGUACCAGGGGGUGGUGGUGUACUCCAUGGCCGACGUCCCGCUGGGCUUUGGGGUGGCCGCCAAGUCCACGCAGGAGUGCCGCAAGGUGGACCCCAUGGCCAUCGUGGUGUUCCACCAGGCUGACGUCGGGGAGUACGUGCGCAGCGAGGACACGCUGACCUGAGGGGCUCCGGCCCUGCGUGCUGGGCUGGAUGGACCUCGCUGGGGCGGGGGGAGCCCGUGCUGAGGGCGGGCAGGGGGCUGGGAGCUGCUGCUGUGCAGCCUCACUCCCAGGGAGUGAGGCUCUGUCCCUGUGCCAGACCUCUCCUGCCCUUACAUAAAGGCUGUUCCUCCUCUCA